AUGUAUACCUACUUGUAUAUUGGACAUAGAACUGUAAAUAUGUAUACGUGUGAUAUUAGGUAUUUCAUAUUGAUGAAUCAUGUCGUUUAUAUCAAAUCUGAAGUGUAAAGUAAUUUGUAAUAUGGAAAUUUUAUCACUACAGAGCUAAAUGUGAUUUCGUUAGUUAUGGUUUCGUAUACAGAGAUAUCAUGAGUAAGCUUCAUUACAAACGUACAAGCAUAGUGUAGUGGCCGGUAUCAUUUCAAACUCGGUUAUUUCUUGGUUUUUGUUUUUAUAGAUUUUAUAAAUUGAAAAAUAUUUGUUGAAAAAUGUUGUUUUGCUGUAGUACAAAUUUGCGGGUAUUGAGACCGUACAGUUACAUAGCGUUGAUUAUUACAUUGCUUUUCCAUAUUUUUGAGAUCGUUGAACUUGGGCAGAGCUUCGGAAGAGAAAAAUGGACAAUUAUUUUACUCUUAUGUCAUAUGAUGGUGGCAUUUUCCACUAUACCUGCAUUCAGAGGAGUUCUUACGAAAGAAGAUAAACCUUUGAUAACACAUUUAGUACUCGCAGUAUUCGGAUUUUUCCCAAUCAUCGUUGAUAUCAUCUUGGUUUUAGCCAACAAUGUAAAAAUAUUCUCGUUUGAUGCGUCAUUUAUUGAAAAAAUAUACGGAGCAGAAGAUACUAGACUUAUCAUAGCACUUAUUUUGAUAUUGCUGCUUGUUAUAAAAUCUGACUUUACCGUGGCCAUUUAUAAUUACUUUCAUGAAUUACGAAGAAGUAAUCCCACGUCGACGAAUUAUACUCGUUUGUAAACCAACGAUACAUUGUAAUAUUUUUUUAUCAUCAUUGUUAGCUGCUUAUACCGUGCACUGAAACGAUUGUGGUAUGAUUUUGUGUUCCUAGAAUUGUAUCUGCUAUUUAUUUUUUUUUACCAGACGUGAGACAUUGAAUUAUAAUUAGACCUGUAACUUUUUUGUACCGAUUUGUGAUACGUACAAUUUUCUAUAAAUUGAAAUAGGUACAAGUAGAUAUGUAUUAGGUGCCUAUACUUACUGUAAAUAAUUGUAAUGUUUUUAAUGUGAUAUUACGUGCAAAAAAUCUCUUUUCUACAUCUAAUUUUAUACAUGCUUGUGAUAUGUACAAGAUUGUAUCUAUGUUGUAUCAUGAUUACGCCGAAUGUGUUUCUGAAUUUGCAAUUUAUUUUUAAAUCUC